GCCGAGUGUAUACAGCUAAGCUACUACUACAAUAUAAGCCAUUUCCAACACUUCAACUCCUUCCCAAAUUCUCGUUGUUCUUUGACUUCUAUCUCCUUCUGUUUCUUCCUCCUAAAACAGCAAAUCUUCAUUUCCUUUUCUUUCUUCUUGAUCUGCCUCCCCAAAAAACGAAAAAAAUGCAAAUGCAGUACAAGAAUUUAGGCAGAUCAGGCCUAAAAGUAUCCCAACUUUCAUACGGAGCAUGGGUCACUUUCGGCAAUCAACUCGACGUCAAAGAAGCUAAAUCCCUCUUACAAAAAUGUCGUGACCACGGUGUCAAUUUCUUCGACAAUGCCGAGGUUUACGCUAAUGGAAGAGCAGAAGAAAUAAUGGGGCAAGCAAUUCGUGAAUUGGGUUGGAAAAGAUCAGAUAUUGUUAUAUCUACUAAGAUUUUCUGGGGCGGAUCGGGUCCGAAUGAUAAGGGUUUAUCGAGAAAACAUAUAAUCGAGGGGACGAAAGCUAGUUUGAAAAGACUGGAUAUGGAUUAUGUGGAUUUGAUUUAUUGUCAUAGGCCUGAUGCUAGUACACCUAUUGAAGAAACUGUUAGGGCUAUGAAUUAUGUGAUUGAUAAAGGUUGGGCUUUUUAUUGGGGAACAAGUGAAUGGUCAGCUCAACAGAUUACUGAAGCUUGGGGUGUUGCUCAAAGAUUGGAUCUUGUGGGUCCUAUUGUUGAACAGCCUGAAUACAACUUGUUGUCUAGGCACAAGGUUGAAUCUGAGUACCUCCCUCUGUAUAGCAACUACGGCAUUGGUCUUACCACAUGGAGUCCUCUUGCUUCAGGCGUUCUGACUGGAAAAUACAAUGCAGGGAACAUUCCAGCCGACAGUCGAUUUGCACUGGAAAAUUACAAGAAUCUCGCCAACAGAUCUUUGGUGGAUGAUGUGUUGAGGAAAGUAGAUGGAUUGAAACCAAUUGCUGAGUCACUAGGUGUACCUCUGCCUCAACUGGCAAUUGCCUGGUGUGCUGCAAAUCCUAAUGUCUCAUCCGUUAUUACUGGUGCCACC